GAAACAAAUGUUUCCGGGUAUUGAGGACAGGGUACUCAUGAAUGAUCCGGCAUGGCUGGUCUAGUAGACUUAAAGAACGAGGAAGAGGUGAAAGAAUACCUGGAUAAUCUGGGCACGGAGUACUCUUACCAAUGUCUCAAAGAGAAGCAGCCAGACGGAUGCAAUCGGUUAGCUGAAUAUUUAGAAAACAUUAAAAAGAACUUUGAGUCUGCAGCUCAGAUAUUGAAGAUCAACUGUGACCAAAAUGAACACAGCGAGAGCUGCUACAAGCUAGGUGCUUAUUAUGUUACUGGGAAAGGUGGGUUACCAGUAGAUCUGAAGGCCGCAUAUGGUUGUUUCCUGAAAUCAUGUAACAAAGGUGGCAAAAAGUCCAUUGAUUCUUGUCAUAAUGUUGGAUUGUUAUCUCAUGAUGGACGAGUGAAUGAUGACAAACCUGAUGCUCUAAAAGCCAGAGAUUAUUAUAACAAAGCCUGUGAUGGCAACUUUGCAGCAAGCUGUUUUAACCUUAGUGCCAUAUACUUACAAGGAGCUCCUGGUAUCCCCAAGGAUAUGAACAUGGCUUUGCAUUUUUCUGAGAAAGCCUGCAGUCUGGGUCAUAUGUGGGGUUGUGCAAAUGCUAGCCGCAUGUACAAACUUGGUGAUGGAGUGGCAAAAAAUGAUGAAAAGGCAGAGUCCUUGAAGAACAAGGCCAGGGACUUACACAGGAUGCAGCAGGAAAGGACACAGCAAAUAUCAUUUGGAGAAUAAAAAUAAUAAUGAUACA